AUGUUUCGUUGGUUUAAGAAGAAAUGUACCAAGAAACACAGCAAGCGUCUUCGAACAUCCAGUAUUGGUGAUUGGACGAGAAAUAACGAUUAUACCAGUCAUCCCGACACCAAUAUCUACCACGAGAUAGACGACACUCACAUUACAGAAGCGUAUGCUGUCACAUCUAUAGAAGAUCUUCUCGAUAUGAACCAACCAGCCUUAACCGAAGUGUGUCCCCUUUGUCGCCAAUAUCGUUAUGGUCCCAACAGAAAUUGCAAGUGUUUUGACCAAACGCCAGCAUCCCCAUUCAAGAUUCGCCAAGAUCUCACAGAUGAUGAUGAUUUCUCUUGGCUUGAGUACGAUUUCAAAGGUUCUAGUAAAUCCAGUCUACAUCGUUCUAGAUCAGAAAUCCGUAAGGUAGACCAACCACGUCACAAGAUAUCUGGAAAAUCAGACGACAGUUGCAGCAGCGGUUAUUAUGAAACAGACGACUCCUGCGAUGACGUCACCAUCUCACCCGUCUACAGACCCAUACCAGCUCUUAGAGCCAAUCCACGUCUUCCGGUUUCACCAUCCUUAGCGCCCAAGAUGGGCUGCAAGAUUAUCAAAAGAUCACAGAGUGCUGUUAACCCUAAACGAAGCCGUUUGUUGAGACGAUCCAAGUCCGACUACCUAAAUCCCAUGAAGAUUGUCAUCGAAGAUGAAGAAAUGUCAUCUGCUGUGAUAGAUAGUGUGCUUGAUACUGUGUCCGGACUGAACUCCCAAGGGAAACAACUCAGUGAUGACGAGGAUGAUAUUUUCGAUCAUUUCUAUUCUAACGUGUGUAUUGAUAUUAAUAAUUUGGAGAUUCCGAAGUUACGGAAAUCUAGCUACCGUUCCAGAAGUCACGGGCAGAAUAGAUUGUUGAAUGAUUUGUUGAAGCAGAACCACGAUAAACAGAAUUUUACUGGUGUCAGAAAGUGA